CUCGUCUGUAAAGCCAGCUGCACAUCAACGCUGCAGAAAUCCCUCAGAUUUUUUGUGCAGCCUCAUUGGCUGACCACUGGCCUGGAUCUGGAUCCUCUUCAUCUGCAUGUUUGGUGUGCAGCAUGCGAAAAGUCCUGGAGAGCAGCUGGAUGAAGUUUGGACCUGCUGGAAGAGGAUCCUAUGACUGGAUGACAGGGUCUCCAUCUCCACCUCCCACGGAGAAACAGCCACAGGGCUACCACUGGAAUGAGCUGUCCACCGAAGAGGACGUGAAGUCUGAGGUCAUCCUAUAUGUCGUCCUCCCACUAGCGUCACUCCUCAUCUUCGGCCUGGUGGGCUUCCUCGUCUACAGGAAGUGCUCGCGCAGCAAGCUAACUUUAGCCAACAUCAUCGCGCUGGAUCUUCAAGAUGCGGAAAGCAGUGCCGAGUUCCUUUCCUCUCUCACGGCAAAUGGGGAACGCCUGAACAGCACAAGCUCCGACGUGUCCGACGGGGUUUUCCUGAUGGUCUACCUUCCACCACCCUAUGAGGAGACACUGACCAAGAUAACCCGGGCAGCGAGCCUCUCCAGCGGCAAAGACGUGGAGUCCAUAAAGAUGGAAGACCUUGAGGCCAAACUGUGCCCUGAAUUAAAAUCCAGUGGACGUUAUGUGUGACUGUAACAUGCUGAGAAUUGUGUAAAUGUUUCCCCAAUGAGGGUCACAAGUUAUCUGUUGACCUAUUUGGCGGAGUGAGGGAGGUUUUUACCUGCUGAGCGACACAACUGGGAGAAAAUCAGGUGCAUCAGUAUGUGAAGGUGUGAAAGUCUCAUUUAAAUGGUGCAUAAAACCGGAAAACCAAUUUUUCAAUGCUUUUUUGAACUAGAAGAAUUUGAUGUAGUAGGUAAACAAAACCAUUUACUCUCCAGUCCAUAUGAUCCAUAUAUGGAAACUCACUGUUCUUUUUGAACUCACUGUUUUUGUGAUGUCACAAAAGCCAAAGCAUUUGCAUACAUCCAUCAUUCAGUCUAAACCAUUUUAGCCCACUUAUUCACUUUGAAGAUGUUAGGGGUGUUUCAGCCUGGGCUGUUUUUGAAGUACGAGCACAACAGAGAAUAGCCAAUCAGAACAUGGGUCAUUUACAUAUGCCAGUUUUAAACCAGCUCGUUUAUUUCUGAGAGAGGUUAGAAAAUGACCAUGUAAAAAUGAACUAUGACUGGUUUCAGCUCCUAAACCCACACAAACAUUGUGUAAUUCAGGUGGAAAAAUAAAGAUACAUAUAAAAUGAGGGACAUUGGCCCUUUAAAAUGCCUCUAUAGGAUGAGCAGUUGAAAGUUUGGACCAUAAGCUUUCUAUACUGGACAGCCUCAUACUAGCCAGUCACCAUCAAAAGAUUAUUCUAUUUCUGUGGUCAUUAAACUCCUUAGAGGAGCCUUUUAAUUAAAGCAUACAUUAACUAAACAUACAGCUAUGAAUGAAUGUAUCUCAGUCCUAAUAACACACACUGUACAUGUAUGGUAAUAGAAAUCCUCUGUGCUUCUGCAUUUUGCACUGUAAUAAAAAUAUGAAUGUUUAGGCUGCAGAAGGGUGGGCAUCAGAAUGAAGGGGGAAGUUUCCCUGUAAUCACCAAAUACAUAUUUAAAAA